AUGGCUACACCCUUCAACGAGUCCAUCAUGAAGCUUGUCUGGGAUGAGGCCCAACGUCAAGCCGAGAGCAUGCUCCACUCGUGGACUCGGGUGGCCUCCACUGGGAUUGGCAGCUACCAGAAAGAUACCCGAAUGCUUUCCCUCAACGUUCUGGCAGCUGUGGGGUUCCGGAAGCAAUACGAGUUCCGUGGCUCGGCCGAGCCCUCGACCGACGAGACAGGAAGCUACCGUGACUCCCUUCAGACGGUUCUUGACAACAUCAUUCUCCUCAUGUUGAUUCCAGCUCGUUAUCUGCGACUGGUGCCGGGAACAUGGGCUAGGAUUGGCAAUGCGGGGAUUACUUUCAAACAACACAUGGAGAAGAUGCUCGACGAAGAGACCAAAGCCCUUAGCCAAGGCACCCCCGGUUCAGGCGGGAUUAUAACAUCUUUUGUACGCGCCGCUGAUGUGCACAACGUUGAAUCCGCCGACACAUCGGACGUCGCAGGUCGAAAGAAGGGACUAUCCGUGGAUGAAGUCUUCGGAAACCUGUUUGUUAUCAACUUCGCCGGCCAUGAUACCACGGCCAACACGUUGGCCUUUGCUAUGCUUCUCCUGGCAGCCAAUCCAGAUGUGCAGGACUGGCUCGCAGAAGAAAUCACAUCUGUCACCCAGGACACGUCUUCCGAUGCAUGGGACUACAGGCAGCUGUUCCCGCAGCUCAAGCGCUGCCGGGCCGUCGUGUACGAGGUGCUGCGCAUGUACCCGCCUGUACCGGCCCUCCCGUCAAUCACUUCCAACGGCACGCAGAUGCUCAAGAGCGGCGACCGAACCCUUGUGAUACCUCAGGGAACCAACUUGACCGUCAACCUACGCGCCAUGCAGAUGCAUCCUCAAUACUGGCCUGAUGCGGAAGUCUGGAAGCCCGCGCGCUGGAUCUCCAACCCAGCCCCAGCAGGAUCGCCUUCCCUCACCCAGAUUGCCAGCGAAGAGUUUUCCGAGCCAAGCAAGCACAUAUUCUUUCCGUGGGGAGAGGGACCGCAAAUCUGCCCCGGGAAGAAGUUCGCCGAGGUCGAGGAGGUCGCUGUCUUAGCGAGUCUAUUCAAGGGACAUCGUGUUCUCCCCAAAGGUAGACCAACGGAAAGCGUUGAGAAAUUACGCAGGAGGGUACAUAGAUGUCUCAAUGAUGUCGACCUGGAAAUGCUGGUCAGGCUUAGGGAUGCAGACCAGGUCACGCUGGUUUGUAAAGAGGCCUGA